GCUCUUAACUUUGUAAACUCGUUCUCAGGGCGCUACCCAAAUGGCCCCGACUAUCAGUUACUAAAUUAUGGGACCGGCAGUUCCAUGAACGGUUCUUACAGAGAUUCAAGCACCAUGCAUUCCAGCUCUUAUGGCUACAACUACAAUGGGAUGGACCUUAGCAUCAACCGCUCAGCCUCCUCCAGUCACUUUGGGGCUGUGGGCGAGAGCUCCCGCGGUUUCCCUUCUCCAGCUCAGGAGAGCAGGUUUAGACAGGCGUCCAGCUGCUCCUUAUCUUCUCCCGACUCCCUGCCCUGCUCCAACAGCGAGAGCCACGGAGGCAAACCCGCCCCGUCCCCCUCCGAGCAGGCUCCUGCUGCCAGCAGCACCAACACAAAUUUCACAGAACUAGACGAGACCAGCGCGUCCUCGGGAGCCGACGAGGGCACUCCAAUAAGCAGCAGCAUCCCCCGAGCGCAGGCAGAGCCCAUCGCGACCUCCACGGCAGCGACAGAAGGGCAGGCACCUCAGAUAUUCCCUUGGAUGAGGAAACUUCACAUUAGCCAUGACAUGACUGGACCAGACGGGAAGAGGGCGAGGACAGCGUACACUCGCUACCAGACCCUGGAGUUGGAAAAGGAAUUCCACUUCAAUAGAUAUCUCACCCGCAGGAGGAGAAUAGAGAUCGCUCACGCUCUCUGCCUCUCCGAGCGCCAGAUCAAAAUCUGGUUCCAGAACCGGCGCAUGAAGUGGAAGAAGGAUAACAAACUGAAAAGCAUGAGCCUGGCCUCGGCGGGCAGCGCCUUCCAGCCCUGAAAUCCUCCUCCUCCUC